CACGCAGGUCUUUUCGCGUUGUGCUCGGUCGGUGGUGUGUGUGUGUGUAGCGGUGCGAGGCUCGGUGGGCCUAGUGUGUGGGGUUCUCGUUUUCGGAUUCACUUAAUUCCGAGACAAAAUUAAAUUCACAGAACCCGAAUCAAAGUCGUCGGCGUUAUGCUCGCUUAAGUAACGCGUAAGAAACGGUUAACGGGCGAAACGAAUGUUUUUUAUCGACACACCGUCAUACGGAGUACCGUUCGCGCGAGAACUCGACGGCAAGCACUGGUCGCCGCACGAACGACGCUUCGAUUCUCGUCGACCGAUCUGACUGAUUUUUGGGAUCCGGUCACCGAAAACUUCCAUCAUUCCGUCAAUAACCGUGUGCCGACCCGCAGGGUGGCGAUCGUCCGAUAAGGGUUCUAUCUGCGCUAGGCUGGUAGGUCAGUCUGCUGGUGGGUGCUUGAAUAACUGCGGCAACUGGAAGUUGGCCCUGAACGCAGAGCCCCCGUGGCUUUGCUAGCACCCCCACAUUGAUCUUGUCUUAACUCGCUUCCCCACGACUCACCCAAUUCUCAUUGACAGCUGCCUCUUUGCUGCCUAGCACCUACAGAGUACCGGUUAAUUCAUCAAAAUCAUUCAAUAUGAAGGAUACACAUUUAAAUGAACGCAUCCACGUAUUAGACAACGAAUCCAACGUUAUGACCGUCAUCAAAGACAUUGCAAUGAGUGGUUUACAAGAAGAACCUUUUUACGUGUUGGAUAUAGGAGAUAUCGUACGAAAACAUCAAAUUUGGAAAGAAAAAUUGCCACGAGUUGAGCCCUAUUAUGCUGUGAAAUGUAACGACAAUUUAAUCGUAAUUGAGGUAUUAGCAGCUCUUGGUAUCGGUUUUGAUUGUGCGUCCAAGGGUGAAAUAAAUAAAGUUUUGAGUGUCGGGGUGGAUUCUUCGAGAAUUAUUUUUGCUAAUCCGGCCAAACCAGCUUCACAUAUUCGUCACGCUGCUGCAAUGAGGGUGGAAACCAUGACAGUAGACAAUGAAAACGAACUGCACAAAAUAAAGAAAUUGUUUCCAACGGCCAAGAUUGUUUUGCGAAUUCGCUGCGACGCGGAGGUGGCCCAAUGCCCGCUCGGUAUGAAGUUCGGUUGCGAUCCAUUAGACGAGGCUCCUGCUCUUUUACAUCUUGCACGUGUGCUGGGCCUCAACGUGGUGGGCAUCAGCUUCCACGUUGGAUCUGGAUGUCAAGAUCCUCCGGUGUAUUAUCGUGCUAUCCGACAUUCCAAAAUUUUGUUCGAUAAGGCUAUCGAUUUGGGUUUCAAACCUUAUCUGUUGGACAUAGGCGGUGGUUAUCCAGGUAACAAAGGCACAAGCAUCGAUAAAAUGGCAGAUACCAUCAACCAAGCGCUCGACGAAUAUUUCAAUACCGAUGCUGUUCAUGUGAUCGCCGAACCGGGCCGUUUCUACGUCGCGUCUGCAUUCACACUGGCAACAUGCAUUCACAGUAAACGUACCGUGCGCGGAGACGAUAGUUCUUCUGGUGCUAUUGCGCAUAAUAUGUAUUAUAUCAACGAUGGUGUCUACGGAUCGUUCAAUUGUCUAUUGUAUGAUCACCAACACGUAACUCCUCUUCCUCUCAAGGAUGGUUGUGGAAAGUUAAUUCCAUCGAGCAUCUGGGGUCCGACAUGCGACGGAUUAGACCAAGUUGUCGAGAAUAUCUUGUUAUACGAAAUGGAACUUGGCGAUUGGGUCCUUUUUGAAAACAUGGGUGCCUACACAUUGCCCGUUGCUUCGCCGUUUAAUGGAUUCCCAGUGCCUAAGGUGCACGUUGUUGCUGAUGAAAGCAUCUGGCUUUUAUUGAAGGAUGUUCUACCAUUGACCGAAGAUCACUUUGUCAUUGGUAAUACUCCGACUAACUUGCGACUUGGUUUGGACAUCGGAGGAAACGAUAUCGACCCAUGGAUGGACGCUGAUCAACAAAUGAACUUAGCACCGCCUGAAAUAUUAGCAGACGCUCCUAGUACUCCAUCACCUUUUAUCUUCGAUUAUGUCGAGGUGGAUCCGCUGAAUUAAUCUUGUCCAACAUCGAUGAUUAUUUUACAAGUAAUUUGAAAUUUAUUUACAUUUCCCAUCUUUGCAACUCAUAAAUUGCGAUAAAUUUGGUCUACUUUCCUCUUUUUCUCCCUUCGAUUUGAUAAUUUGAUAAAUGAUAAGUAUACAAAGGUUCAAACGGCAUAAUUUUAUAUAGGGUGUCUCGGACUCGAGUGUAUCUUCAUGCACGUGUGCAGGUAGAACUCGUUAAA